UGCACCGUAUAUUAGCCAGGCUUCCAUGGGAGGUGCUGAAUUCACUUGGCCUGUCCAUCUGAGAGGCUUCUUCUGGGCAGGACAAGCUGCUGCUGUCGCCCUUCGAAUGUACAGCCGUGUUGCUUUGCUACAACUUUGUCCAGAUAGGAAGGGUUGAGUUCUUAUCGCCCAAGCUAUUCUCUGUUUACUGGGAAAGGAUUCUCUUUGCUCACGUUCGCACUUGUGGAUAUAUUUUGAGGACGUCGGGUGGAAUGUGGAAUUGCAAAGUUGUGGAUUCCAAAUGAUAAAAAAGCCAUGCAAGAUCUAUCUAGAAUCUCAUGGACAAUGCUGUGAUGUAUCCUGGACCACUAGCGAUCCUUCUGACUUGCCGUUUGACGUGGCCUUCCUUCCUGGUUUGGAACGUUGUACGAUCUCUCUGGAUUGAAGCCUAAACAGUGACAUAUAAUGCGGCCUCUCCACCCGGAAGAUGGGCUUUCUCCUCUGGGGCUGCUCAAUCGUGGUGCGGACUAUCUUCGUAAGCAGCUGGAAGGAACCGCCGGGAUGCGGACCCCAAGCGCCGUAGAAAGAUUGGAGGCCGACAAAGCCAAAUACGUCAAAUCCCAGCAAGUGAUCGACAGGCGUCAAGAGCCGGUCUUGCUCUGCUACAGCCUCCAGUCUUCUCCUUGUUGCAGAAGACCUCUCGCUCGACAUCAACAUGAGUUCUCUCAAGGCUUAGUUGUCACCAAAGACGGUCUUGGGCCCAAGAAGUUGCCUCCAACGCCUCCCUCUCCGCAAUCUCCUAUUGCACGGAGAGGCGGUGGCCGGCGUUUGCUGAGACCGGACUCGCUGGUCAUCUACCGGCAGAAACGGGACUGCUCGGCCGUCAACAAGGAGAACACCAAGAGCUACGGCAUUGUCAGGAGGUUGUUUCAGAGCCCGCUUAGGGACGGGCACAAUAGCCGGGGUAUAUUUGGAGCAAUGCAAGAGGAGACCCCCAUGGUGUGGGUGCCAACGGAAAAAGAGGAGCCAAGAAUGGUCCAUUCAGUAGUCUCCACGGAAGGUGUUGAGCAUCCUCAACGAGAUCCAGGCCCAACAGACUCCAAGAGAAAGCUCUGCCUGAGUUCUUCGCUGCCUCUCUCAGAGAAGGAGCGUUUCUUUAACUAUUGUGGUCUGGACCGCAACCUGGUGCAAGUCCUGGGAGCCGAGCGGUUCAAACCUGGCACCUGGGACGCACGUUCCUCCGGCCGGUUCCCGGGCAGCGUGGCUUCGGCCAGUUCUCUGCAACACGGCAGCGGAGAGGAAGGGCCGGCCGAAGAGCCGAGCGAGAAGCCGUCCACGUCCAUUUCCCUCGUCGAGAGAAACGCCCGGGUCAUCAAAUGGUUGUACAGCUGCCAGCAGGCCCAGACCGCGGCCAAGGAGUCCACCGUGUGAGCCACGUCCUUGCAAUGCCGGGGCCGGGCUGUGGCGCAGCUGGCUAGUAACCAGCUGCUAUAAAUCACUACUGACCGAGAGGUCAUGAGUUCGAAGCCCGGGUCAGGAUAAGCCUCCGACCAUUAAAAAAAAAAUAGCUCCGGCUUGCUGUUGACCUAGCAGCCCCGAAAGACAGUUGCAUCUGUCAAGUAGGGAAAAUUUAGGUACGCUUUAUGCGGGAGGCUAAUUUAACUAAUCUACAACACCAUAAAACUGCUCACGAGGAAAAGAAUGAGGAAGAACAGCCACCAAUGGACGGUGAAGCAACAGCUCCCCCUGUGGCCGGAAUCGUGAAGCUGGAAAGAUGUUAAAAAUGCCUCUGUGUCUGUCUAAAACUGAAUGUUGUUUGUCUAUUGGCAUUGAAUGUUUGCCAUAUAUGUGUUCAUUGUAAUCCGCCCUGAGUCCCCUUCGGGGUGAGAAAGAAGGGCGGAAUAUAAAUACUGUAAAUAAAUAAAUAAAUAAAUAAAUAGCUCCAGUUGCUAGUGGGGGCACAAGAUCUUCAAGAUAGGUUUGCAUUCCUGGAGUGGGUGUUAGGAAUGGUGGGAGUUGCAGUCCAAAACACCUGGAGGGCCCAAGUUUGCCCAUGUCUGGCUUAAACCCACGUAAUACAAAGAACCUGCCUUUCCUUUGGUGGCACGAUAGAAACCCACAAAUACUUACAAUCAAUAAGAUCCGCUCUUCCCGCUCAGAGACGGUACAAUCCUGCAAGAAGCAAUGCAAAGAAAGCUAAAGCAACACCGUCUACACAAGGCACUUUCCAAGCUACAAUAAUAAUAAACAUUGAAUGUUUGCCAUAUAUGUGUUCAUUGUAAUCCGCCCUGAGUCCCCUUUGGGGUGAGAAAGAAGGACGGAAUAUAAAUACUGUAAAUGAAUAAAUAAACAAUAAUGCCGACACAACAAGAAAGACGCCGGAUAUUCUCGCCUCUCCGUUCCUUGAGGCUCACUUACGUAGGCUCUCAUUUCGAGGAAGUUGUGUUGAUUUUGUAGAUGGUAAUACAGUAGAGUCUCACUUAUCCAACACAAACGGGCCGGCAGAAUGUUGGAUAAGCGAAUAUGUUGGAUAAUAAGGAGGGAUUAAGGAAAAGCCUAUUAAACAUCAAGUUAGAUUAGGAUUUUACAAAUGAAGUGCCAUUUGUAAAUGAAAAAAUUUGACAGAAAAAGUAGUUCAAUACGCAGUAAUGCUAUGCAGUAAUUACUGUAUUUACGAAUUUCGCACCAAAAUAUCAUGAUGUAUUGAAAACAUUGACCACAAAAAUGCGUUGGAUAAUCCAGAACGGUGGAUAAGUGAAUGUUGGAUGAGACUCUACUGAAAAUGGAAGCUUUUAUGUCCGCUUCUGAACCAAAGCCACCCUGCAGUUUUUUAUUAUUAUUAUUAUUAUUAUUAUUAUUAUUAUUAUUAUUAUUAUUAUUAUUUACAGCAUUUAUAUUCCGCCCUUCUUUCUCACCCCGAAGGGGACUCAGGGCGGAUCACAUGACACAUAUAGGCAAACAUUCAAUGCCUUUUAACAUAGAACAAAGACAAGACAAACAUAGGCUCUGAGCGGGCCUCGAACUCAUGACCUCCUGGUCAGAGUGAUUCAUUGCAGUUAAUUGCAGCUGGCUUGCUCUCCCGCCUGUGCCACAGCCCGGAGUUACUCAGGUUUGUGAAACAAGUACAGUAGAGUCUCACUUAUCCAACUUUCUGGAUUAUCCAACUCAUUUUUGUAGUCAGUGUUUUCAAUACAUUGUGAUAUUUUGGUGCUAAAUUCGUAAAUACAGUAAUUAUUACAUAGCAUUACUGCGUAUUGAACUACUUUUUCUGUCAAAUUUGUUGUAUAACAUGAUGUUUUGGUGCUUAAUUUGUAAAAUCAUAACCUAAUUUGAUGUUUAAUAGGCUUUUCCUUAAUCUCUCCUUAUUAUCCAACAUAUUCGCUUAUCCAACAUUCUGCCGGCCCGUUUAUAUUGGAUAAGUGAGACUCUACUGGAACAGGAACUUUAGUUAGGGUUGUUGAAUGUCUUUUGGGCUGUGUGGCCAUGUUCCAGUAGUAUUCUCUCCUGACAUUUCGCCCACAUCUAUGGCAGGCAUCCUCAGAGGUUGUGAGGCAUGGAUAAACUAGGCAAGGAGGGUAAAAAUAUAUAUCUGUGGAGAGUCCAGGGUGUGACAAGAGUCCUUUGUCAGUUGGAAGCCAGCGCUAAUGUUUCAGUCAAUCACCCUAAUUAGCAUUGGAAAGGUUUGUCUCUUGCCUGGAGGGCAUCCUUUGUUCAGAGUCAUUAGCCGUCCUUGGGGCUCCUCUGCCCUCAGAGUGUUGCUUCUUAUUUACUGUUCUGAUUUUUGAGUUUUUUUAAUACUGGUAGCCAGAUUUUGUUCAUUUUCAUGGUUUCCUCCUUUCUGUUGAAGGAUUCCCUCCAGGCAAGAGACAAACCUUUCCAAUGCUAAUUAGGGUGGAUACGGGGGCCCGACUAUAUCACAUAGACGGAGGAGACAUACUAGCCAAGGUGCCUUUUGCACUGACAACGUGGUGUAGCAGAAUGAGCUGGACUUCUACCAGGAAGAUUUGGUUUCAACCCCUUCUCCUCCCCUUUAGCUAACUAAUUUUGGCCCUUUUACGUCCAUUUGGCCUGGCUUUCUUCAUUGGGUUGUGAUGUAGACACAACCCACUCCUCCCAGUAGCUCCCAACACCCACUCAUCCCUUUUUCCUGGAUUCAACUGUGACAACGAGAUCGUUAUUAUAAUGAGAUCAUUACACAUAAUUGAUCAGGCAGAGAUGGUUUGGAAUAAUAAGCAACUGGUUGCUGGGGAUGCGGAUGAGUAUAUAGAAAGUAAUUUAUAUUAUAGUUUUCUCUAUGGUUCGUUUCAGUCCCAAUGUAUGUGGCUCUCUGUUUGUUGUAUCUUUUUUGUAUUUGUCAAAGCUGGUUUGCUGUGCUACCAGAAGAUCUGUAUUUCCAUGUAUUGUUAAUAAAAAAGUUGAUUACAAAACCUGCCUGGAAUAUUACCCUGGGAAUGGAAACUGUCGGGAAGCCUGGUAGACAUUGUGUUAAUUUUGGGAUUGUGUUCAAUUUGAUAUGUUGCUUAUUUUGUUUUCUGUUAUCUACUAUGUUUUUAUGAAUGUGAGCCACUCCGAGGCCCUUGUUGGGAGAUGGGGCAGGGUAUAAAUAAAUUAUUAUUAUUAUUAUUAUUA